AUGGAGUGAUUGAUUGGUAUGAUAUUUCCUAUAGAAUGUAUUUCCCUUUCCUUUCUUCCAAUGUUACAAAUUUUCAAACAAUACUUUUUCCAGUUAAUGAAAAAAGUGUGGCUCAAAGAGGUAAAUGGAAAAUUAGGAAAAAACUUUGACUACCUAAAAUUGGAGGUGAAGGGAUGAGAGUAUAAAGUUAUACAGAAAAUUAAUUGAUUUCUUAGAUCAUCUCAGACAUUGAGACCUUUCUUUCACUGUCUCAGACUAUAGAGAUGUAAAUGUGAGGCUCCUUUAUGAAAUGUGAGAAAAAAACCAGCAGGAUACACACACACACACACACUUGCACACACAUGUACACACAAUACCAUUUAACCACAAUGGUUGGAUUGAGAAAGUGGCUCUUUCGGGAAAAACGGGAAACUGAAAUAGUUGUGGUGACUGUGAGGUUUUAAAAAGUAAACAAGUCCUAUGAGGAAGAGCAGGUGCUCAGUAGUGGGAGGGGACAGGUCAGGACCAAAGCUGAGGGUCCCAGUGGUGGCUCAUGAAGAGAACGUGACAUUGCAACAAUGUUUGGGAUUUCAGCACACUCCAGUGGGGCCUUGGAGAGAGGCUUGGAAAGUGAGUCUGUCUUCAACUCAGCUUCAUACGAACAGUGCAUGUUCAGAGAUAUUUUUUAGUGUAAACUAUAAGACAUGUAAAACACAUUCACACCAAUUCACACCUACACACGUAUACAGCAUACAUACAUAGGCCAAGGGAAGACACACAGUAGUUUCUAAGAUAAUGGCUUGCUUAAUACGUACCAGGUCCAAUUAUUUGCUACUCAAAACUCAUUAUAUCACUAACGGAGUAGAAUCAUUAGUUGGAGUAGAAGAGGCCUUAGUAACUAAUACACGAAGGAAUCUAUUUCUUAUGUAACAAUUAGUGUAUGUGAAGGAAUAGGGCAAGUCUCCCUGCUGAUAGAAACUUUUUAUCUUUAACACUCAGCUUUCAAAUAGACCGCAGGUUAUCAACUUCCCAGUUAGCUAGAAAAGGGAAGAACACGGCAGGGCACAGAGCAGGACUUCAUGCCUAUGCCUGGUUGCCACUCAUUUCCCACUGCAGAAAACUUAAUCACAUGGUCAGAACUACCUUAGUUCUGGAGGAAGCAUGCUCCCGGCCCAGGGCCCAGUCCCCCUCUGACACCAGUGAGACGAACAUAAGUCCAGGAAAAGGGCAGGUUGAGAGAAAGGCUUUUCCUCUCUGCAGUCACUGGCAGCUCAUGCUCCCCGGCCUGGCACAGACACUACUUCCCCACCGCUUCUGGAGACAGUCUUACUCACUAUGGUGUGGGCCGAGAGCGAGAAGGGGCUGAGGAAGAGCCAGGCGGGCAGACGGGGCAGCGCGAUGGCCCAGGCUCAGAACUGAGUCCCUUCCCUCAGCAGUGGCCAUAAGCGACCCCUUGUCCAAGAACUGCCCAGGGUGUCCACUUCCAAUCCAUGGGCAGAAAUCUAUCAUGUGGGUGUGUAAGCCUCCUAUGAAAGAGGAUUUUAAAAGAUCUGAAUAGGGAGGUUAAGAGCCUUGGAGAAACACACAAAUACAUUCCCAGAAGAGCAAUCUGGGGCAAGUCUGUAAAGUCUUCCUUUGAACAUCUCCAGCACCACGGCUACAGCCCAGGAAUUCCCUGCAAAAAUGUAUCUGUACACCUCUCUGUAUUUAUAUAGAUAUCUCUAUCUUUCUAUAUAUCUAGAUCAAUAUAGAUACUAAUCUAGAUAGAUAGGCAGGCAGGUAGACACGCAGAAUUCUUUUAAAUCUUGUACCCCUAUGUCCUCUAAUUAUAUAAUUUCUCAUGAGGAAAAAGGAGCUAAUAACUAAUUUUAGUCACUAGUUUUGAUAUUCUGUAUACAUCCUUAGAAACAUCACAUACAGGAUACCCAAUAUCACUGACAUCUACUACACACAAUUUUCGUAAUUGUUGUUUCCUUAUAUUUUGGAGCAAGUGAAGUUUCAAAUGCUUAAUUUCAUGGGGGGGUUUCAAUGCCUAACAUGAUUGUCCACUCAACAUGUCUUUUUUGAAUGGAUACAGAUCCCAGAAAAUGCCACAUCUGUUGUUUUGUAUUCACUCCUCAGAAUUCGAGAACACCCCAGAGGAUUCUCCUGAGCCUGAGGCACGUGUGGUGGUCCCAGGCCGCAGUGAGACACCAGGAAAGCUUCAUGCUGCUGCUGAGGAUGGAAUCCCUCAGUUGCCUCCAGAUACUGUUAGCAGUGGGCCUCAUGAGAUGACUCAACCUCAGGUCUUGGGGGAAUGGGAAGUUCCUCCCUCUCCACACAAGACUCCUUUCCACCACACCUGGGAACAGCACGCAUUGGCAAUCAUGUCCAGGUGAAAAGAGGUGUGGCUGUCUCAUGGGAUAGGGCUGAAGUCUUGGAGCCCUCCUCAAAGAAGACCAGAGCGGAAGAAUUUACUUUGCCUGAAGGGGCCCCAAAAACAUCCAGCCUGAAGAGCAAAGUCCCGCAGGGGACGGAGGCGUAUGUAGAGGAGGAGGUGUAUGUGGAGGAGCCGUAUGUGCAGGAGGAGCCGUAUGCGGAGGAGGACGAGGCGUAUGUGCAGGAGGAGGUGGAGGAGCCGUAUGUGGAGGAGGAGGAGGAGCCGUCGGAGUCGCUGGAGGACUUGGAUGUGGAGCCGUAUGUGGAGGAGGACGCGUAUGUGCAGGAGGAGGAGGAGGUGUAUGCGGAGGUGGAGCCAUAUGUGGAGGAGGAGGAGGAGGAAGAGGAGCUGUGGGAGUACUCGGAUGACUCGGAUGUGGAGGUGUAUGUGGAGGACGUGGGGCCAUAUGUGGAGGAGGAGGCCUAGUAGAGGAGGAGCCGUAUGUGGAGGCGUAUGUGCAGGAGGAGGAGGAGGAGCCAUCAGUCGUUGGAGGACUCAGAUGUGGAGGCAUAUGUGCAGGAGGAGGAGCCAUAUGUGCAGGAGGAGGAGGAGGAGGCAUAUGUGGAGGAGGCGCAGGUGGAGGAGGUGGAGCCGUAUGUGGAGGAGGAGGAGGAGGAGCCAUCGGAGUGGUUGGAGGACUCGGAUGUGGAGGCGUAUGUGGAGGAGGAGGCCGAGAAUGGGGUAGAGGUAGAGGAGGAUCAAGAAGACUUCCUCCUGCGAGUACGCAGA